AUGGUCGAGAUUUGUGGCGUCUGCCAGCAAGUCGAGUCGAAGUACAAGUGCCCGUCUUGUCAACUGCGAUACUGUUCCAUCGCAUGCUACAAACAACACAAAGAGACACACGCGAACCAUGCCCCAAGAGUGCAAGACACACAGCCGACACAGCAUGCACAAUCUCUCGUACCAGAAUCGGAUGCGCCCAAAGCGAGAGGCGCUUUGGCUGGCAGUAGCAGAAAGAUCGACUUUACUGGCUUUGAUUCUGACCCAGAGCUCCUUCGUCUCCUCUCUCGAUACCCUAACCUUCGCAUCCAACUACAGAGUGUCUACGGCCUGACACUUGAACCUCCGCCGCAAGAGCAGCGCUCCUUCUCCUCCAGAGGUAGAGGGAGGGGUCGAGGAAGAGGUGGCUUUCAUCAACAAUCACAUUGGUCACAAGCAAAAGGCGACAAGGAGGCCGCUGACUCUUUCAGAAACAUGAGGAACGCCGAAGCUGAUGAUCAAGCUCUGGCUGAAUUCGUGCAAUUGCUCAAGAUGAGAUUCGCAUCUGUUACUGACGACGCCGAGACCUGA